CAGUGAGCCAUGAUACAUGGGACCUCCGCAAGCUUAUCGUCGUCAGCACAGUGCUCAAUUGCCAGAGUCACCCUUCUCGGCCGGUUUAUAAGGGGUGACGCCAUUCGCAUUGGUCGUCUCGCCUUUUGUUUCGUUGUCGUGUAUCGUUGUUUUGACAAAAAGAGAAUGCAUGUUUCCACGUGAUGCAGACCGCCACGGCCUCUAUUGCGUGCACGUGUUCAUCACGGGGCUUAGCUUUCUUAGGGAGAAUACCUCUGGUUGUGGACAACAUGUUGCCCCGUCGGUCCCACACGAUUGUUCCGAGGCGGUUUUCGUCCAAUUUACUCAUUUGAGUCGUAAUGGGUCAUUCAUGACGCGAUCAACAAUCCGAUUCCGAAGGGGAGGAGAAGAAUAUUCCUCUUGACUCCCGGAACAGCGUUAAUAUGGAAGAGAACGAAGAGCGGCAGGAAGGGGAACUGCUUCCAAACGGGGAAGAGACCCGGGGCACAGCGGAGAGUGCUAAGAAAAUGGACCCUGCUGAGCAGGCCGCUGGAGAAGUUCAGGCCGGAGCUUCCGACGGACGGGAAGGCGCCGUGCCUCCGGAAAAAGAAAGCGCACUGGAAGAAAUGGUUGGGCUAACGGGCGAGAAGGUGCUGAAGUUCCCGGCCUCGAUGACGGAUGAGGAGAAUCCAAAUUCUUCGGCGGCAGCCGAGAACGACCAGCAGCUGCUGGACCGGCUGCGUCGCGAGGAGGAACAGAGGCUGCUGGAGGAAAACCUGAAGCGGAAGAAGGAGGCCAAAAGGCGCGCGCGGCUCGAGGAGGAAAACCGGCGGCCCGAGUACCUCAAGUUGGACGGCAUCGAGGGCGUCGCCAGCUUUCUUCGGGAUCGCAAGAACUACGACUCCGUGUACUUCGAGGACUUGAGCUGCAUCUCCGCCGGCGCCUACCGCAUGCGGCUGUCCAUGGGGGCGCUAUUGAAGGAAUUCGACAGCUUCAAGUGGCGGGGGUACGGGAUGGAUAUUUUGAACCGGCUGCACUACUCCGACGUGAUCGAGCGCACCAAGUUCAAGGACCGCGGGUAUUGAGAGGAAAAAUCCCCCCACCCCAUAUCUUCAAAACGGAACUUCUGAUGCUGGAUUUGUGUAGACAAAUCAGCUCUGUAUUGCAGUAAGGCAUUGCGACCAGGUCCCCAGGCUAGGUAGGGGCGUAUGGGUCUAGUUGCUCAGCAUGCGAAACGGCUCCCCUUUAGGCCCAACAGCAUGACUAAUCGCUUCCAUAAUGGGGGCGAAGCUUCUGCCCUUGUCUUCCUGCAAGACAGCUGUGAUUUGUGACCUCAAAUCAGCAACAAGCCAAAGACUCUGCCGCCCGCGAAGCAGGAUACGGACGUCGGUACGACCCCUGCUGCAACGAAAAAUGCUGCCCUCGUUGCUGAGAAAGCAGUGGACAGGAUUCGAGCGGACCACGCGGACGCCUUUCCGAAGAGCGAUUUCGACCCUGCUAGAGCUGCGCUUCGACGCGACCGACCGACUUUGAACGAACUGGAGAGGAAGAAACUGAAUGUGUACGGGGUACUGAAGAUCGAAUUGGUGGGCAAUCAUGUGUUUGUUGGCGCGAGUGCUGCUCAGCAAUCGACGUUCACCAUAGCUGGGGCGCAGGAAAAGUUCCAGCGGUCGGGGUUUUUGGUGGACCUGGACCACAUGACUUGCUCAACCGUUCGAGCGCUGGCAGUAAGUGCCGCGGACUUCAAAGAAGGCAAGGAAGCGGCGAUGCAACACUUCGACCAGCUCCUGCAGUCGGUUAUGCAUUUGCCACAAACCCUCGAAGUAGGGGUCUGGUUCAAAAUUAGAUCAAACAAUUCCCGCGGUUUUUUCGCCGACGCCGUGCAAUAUGAGUCGAAGGUUGAAGAGGGUCUGCAGGCCAAGAUUGCCAAGAUCUACAAGAGUUAUGGUGUGGCUCCGCCGACGAGUGUCGUGGAGAAGACGAACAGCGCGGAAAAAGAGAAGGCAGUCGACCGCACCCCUCCGCCGUGGGCAACAUUGAAGACGGCCUCCGCUGGUAGUACGGCAUCGAACAAGAAGGUCGAAGUUGACCAUGCCGCAACUACCGUGGGGGAGACGGAAAAAAAGAAGGUUCAGGGGGUAUCGAAAGGAAAAAUCCCCCCUCCCCAUAUCGAAAACGAAAUUUGUGAUGCUGUAUUUGAGGUCACAAAUCAGAUUUGUCUUGCUGGCGAGGACUGCAGGCCCAUAUCAGGCCUGAGUAGACAAGUUUUGGCCUAGGCGCUUAGCAUGGCAGAAGUCUACGCUGUAGGAGCAACAGCAUGACAAACCGCCCGUAGAAUGUGGCGGAGCCUGUAGACUUGCCUUCAUGCAAUACAGCGACGAUUUGUGGUCUCAAAUCUGCAUCAUGUUUAGAGCCCUGCAGGGCUCUCGCCCUCUCCCUCUGUUUCCGUCAGCGGCCCGGGCGCAUUACAUCUUCUCUCUGCGGCGUGGCUGGCUUUCGUCGAGGUGGGCUCUCCGAAGUAAACGGGCGCUGCCAGGACAAGCGGCCAGCUCGCGAGCCCGCGGCUGAUCGAAGAGAUGCCGACUUCUUCCGGAGUGUCCGAUCGUGUUGGGGUUCGUCUACAAGCCAUUCCCCGUCCGUUGCGACCUGCUCCUCUGGUUUCCGGCCUCUCGCAUGCGGACUUCCACGCCUCCAUGUCGUGCAUGCCGGUCGGGACCUCCGGUACGGUAUAAGCGGCUUUGCAGUCUCGGCGGGCUACUCAUAGAGGAGUGUGGAUUUAUGCCGGAGCGGGGUUCUGCACCGGAUCCACGUGGAUGCCGCGCCCACCAGCGGAGAGCCCAGACGCGCGGGGAGAUCAGGGACAAAAUCUUUGCGUGUUGCAAUUCGCUAUGAGUUGGUGUUUUCGUAUAUGCUUGUUCUUUGUGUACUCCUGUGAUGAACUACUUAUUCUUCACACUGAUCUCAGGUCGGAACUCGUCGCUGACACUCUCUCUGUUGGCCGGUGGUUUUCUACAAGGCGACGCGGCUUCUUGCGGCGGCUCUCUGCUGCGCUGGUUCGAGCUCGUCUUCUGCCACGUAUGGAAUUCUUUGUUAAGCGGACGGCGUCGUGGACAUCGUGUUUCGUGGGUGCCAGCAAUACUUCCUUGUUCGGUUACCAUGCAGACAAGUCUGAGUCAGACCACAAGCGUUCUGGCCCGUUCGCCGCCACAAGCGCAGGCAAGGACUCCCACAAGCGUGAGGUCAGGCUUGUAGGCAUGGUAGGUGGCCGGUCCCUGUGCGGUGGGGCUCCUUAUGGUGGUGGGUUGCCUGCGGCGGGUUGGUGCGGGUUUUCGGGUUCGUCUUCUGCCGCGUAUGGAUGUCUUUGGCGAGCGGUCGUCGUCGUGGACCUCGGGUCCCGUGGGUGCCAGCAAUACUUCCUCCUGCGUGUACCAUGCAGACAAGUCUGAGUCAGACCACAAGCGUUCUGGCCCGAUCGCCGCCACAAGCGCAGGCGCGGACUCCCAAGAUGCGUUGAGGUCAGGCUUGUAGGCAUAGUAGCCGGUCCCUGUGCGGUGGUGCCCUUUUUUUUUGGCGGUGGCGUACUUGCGGCGGGAUGCGUGGCGCGGUUUUCCUGCUUCUUCUUCAGUAGCGAUGCGUCCCAGACAAGGAGCGGUGGGUCAUACGUGCGCGGCGGCGUCGGCGCAUUUGGACUUGAUCGCGAACGUUCUCUCGGGAGAGGAGGACGUAGCUUCACUCCCUAACUGGCUACACCUCCUCUCUAGCGGCUCUCGUGCUCGCGGUGGCUGCAGUAUCGGCGGUUCUGGCCUACGUUGCUAUACGGAACCUGCGGUGCGUGGACACGGAGGUGGACGACUUUACGCUGGAACCAUGGGGUCCUGUUGCUUCUCCUGAGCGAGGCCGUCUUGCCUUCCACUCAGGGCUCUCGUGGAUUGAGCCUGGCGGGAAAUUCCCGUUGCGCGAGGCUCUUGCCAGGAGUUCGUCCACGCUUGCCGACGCUGCUUCGGGGGUAGACGGGGUCAGGGUGGCUAUCGGAGCUUGCUCCGGGGCUUGCGGUGUGGGGGCGGGUUCAUGGGGCUGUGCCCGGGCUCAGCAAGGGUUCUUCCCCUGUCUGUGCUCCCUCGUGUUCACGCUCCUGUGCUGCUUGACUGGUAGUCAUUUUGGCUUUUGUUUUUCCUCCGUCGCUGUCGUUUGGUCCCCAGGGCUGCUACGGACAGGGCCCCCUGGGUUACCUCGGUCGAGUGGUCGUGCGGUUCGGUUCUCCUAUGCCCAUGCCUACCGUGUACUUGCCGCUGGGUACUGGUAGAGCGUCUCUUUCGUCAGACUGUUUUGCUUCGGCGAAACGACAUGACGAUUGUUUGGGGAGGUUCCUAACGGUCCCCUCAGGGCAUUGCCUCGUCGCUGACCUGUGGAGAAAGGCGGUUCAGGUCAGCUUCGGGAAGGGUAUCCGGAGUUGAGUUAGCUUCGGCUUUCUCUUGUGUAUUCGAGGGCAGUGGUUGGCGGAGGUUGUUGGGAUGUUCCUAAACAGUCAUCCCAGAACAUUUGUGUUCCUUUCUGACUUCCUCAUUUCCUGUGCAGUAUUUUACUGCAUAUACAGGCGCCACCCUCGUUUAUCACCUCCAGGGCUACGUGCGACCCCUCCGACGCUGCGUGUGGAAGGAGGAAGUUCGGCGUGUCGGGUGAGGGACCCCCGACGUCUGGCCUACGGAUAUCAUGGGGAACUAAGGCUCAAAUCAGCAACACAAAUUUUCGGGGGCAUACCUUUUCGAUAUGGGGAGGGGGGAUUUUUCCUUUUGAUAGCGGGCGAAUCAACGAGGUGCGGUUCGCCGCAAUGAUGCAGAAUCAGCUGGAAAAGAUUUCCGACAAGAUUGCGAAAGUGCAGCACUCGCUGACCGUGUGUUGGCACAAACUGGGGACGAAGGACGUGUCGCACGAGUACGUGAUCGAGUUCAUGCAGUGCAUGAUGGCGCCGACGAAGAACUCCGCGGUCUCGCUGCGCUUCGAGCUGGCGCGCAUGAAGGACGCGCUCCUGAAGGUGGAGGACCGGUUGAACACGCGCAUCUCCAGGCUCGCGACCCUGCUCGCCGUCAAACAGCGGCGCCGGCGGUGGGCGAGCUGUUUCCUCGUGCAGUUCGGGGAGCAAAUCAAGCGACUCAGGCGGCUCGACCGGUAUCUGCACGACGUCCUUUUAGGACAGCGGCGGCAAAAGAACUUCUUCACCGCGUGGGCGUUUCUGGCGUUCCGACAAAAGUACGAGGCCAAAAUCGACUCGCUGGAGAAGCGGGUUUUCAAUCUGGUGGAAAAGUUGAAGGAGGUCGAGAAGGAGCGGCUUUUGCAGCAGGCCGUGGAGGAGCGGCUGAUGGCGGAGCAGGCCCGGAUGAUCAACCGGCAGCUCAUGUUUCUCCUCUCGCAAAAAUGCUUCCGCGUGAUGCAGAAGAACUGGCUGGAUAUGAAGGUUUUGCGGUUGCGAAACCACAUCGAGCGGGUGGAGACCAGGCUGAAGGACACGCAGUUCGACCUCGAUAUCAAGACGCGCGAAUGUGCCAACUUGGAGCUCAUGCUGACGCAGUAUACCGAGCGGACGCGCGUGGCAGAGGCAGCCAAAGCGAAGCUGGUCGAGCUCAUGGGGCGCAAAUGGAAGAGUCUCCUGAAUCGGAGCUUCCAGGGACUGAAAGAUGCGUGUCGGCAGUACAGAUUACACAAACAAUACUUGUUUUUACCUCGACCGGAGUUUCGGUUCUUCUUUUGUAAGGUCGUGCACUAAAAAAAGAUUAUUCUGAUCACCUGCGUGCAAGCAGCAUAUGCGGAGCGAGACUCCUCGCUACAACUACGCUACUGAAAUUUAUAUGAUAAUCAAACAAACAUCUUCCCACCAGGGCUUGGAGAGUCCGUGUGACGGCACUACAAAAGACUUUGGAAGAGGAGCAGCAACGUGCCGCGGAUGCCCUGCUCGCGAAGCAGAGUGCGGAGGAGAAGGUGGCUGGGUUGGUCCACAUGAUCUCCCUGCGGGACGAAAAGUUGGCUCGGGCGGACCGAGAGAAGGCCGAGAUCGCGGAGCAUUUCAGCGCCGCACUGAAGAUUGCGCAGGGUGGAAAGCGACUACCUGCGCUCCCGAGCGCAUUCUUGUGUCGCGAUUGCAGCAACGAACUGGUUUACAAAGCGAAGGACGAGAAGGAUGAAAAAAUUCUGCAGGAGCUGGCGGAGCACAGCGUGCCUCGAGUGGAGUUUUUCCAACAGCGGAUGGAAGCAUACCUCCAGGGCCAGAGCGCCUUUCUGCGGGAGCAGGAGGACGCGCUUCUCGGACAGCCGGAGGGGGAAGGCGUCAGUGUCAUGCUGACCAAGCAUAAGGUCGGGAGUGCGGCGGUGUUGAACAGCCAACAAGGCCGCAACGCAAGUCCCAGCCCGCAGCGCGCAACCCAGUCGCCGUCACCGCGCGCGCUGAAGCUCAUGCAGAGCAGGGGGAUGCGCACUCGAGCUGCAGUCUCACCUCGCCGCGGGCGCGAGCACGAGCCGGGCACCCACCGUCCUAGCGAACCGCCACCAAUAUCCGACGCGGAAAAGCUUGAGAUGGCGCAGGAGGAAGCAGCGAAGCUGAUACAAGAGGAGGACGCGCGUAUACAUGACAACAAGCAGCAGCUUGAAGCGAAGAAGAAGGCGGAUGAAUUGCAGGCAGAAAAGAAAGAGCGAGAGAAGGCGGAGGAAGAAGCAAGACUGGCUUUAGAAAAAGAGAAGCAGGCACUGACGUCCUCUUCCGAUGAGAGUUCAUCGCAAAAUGACAAUACCUUUACGUUCGCGGCAACGAAGGCGCCACCCACUGCCCCGGUCAAAGCCGUGGCUCGAAACAAGAUCGGAAACGACGAUGGCAUUCUGCAACCUUCGGACUCGCUGCAAUAACGGAGACCCGGAACGAGCUGAUAGAGCUUUGUUUCCUUAGAGCUAAAUGUUUCGCAUUGUAAAUGUAUAUUGAUUGGUCUUCCCCGCCGAUGGUUCAGGUUCAUAUUUUGAGCAGAGGUGCGGAAGUUUUAUUCAGGAUAAUUUUUGCAUAUUGACAUGUCCUCUUUCGGUGGUGCUCGAGCUGUUUCAUAUGCUUAUUCAAGUAGGAGUUCCUCCUGUGCAUCAUUUUCGUUGUGCAGCAUUCUCGGACCAGCACACGAACAUUCUCUACCUGAACGAUCUUUUUGCGCUCGAAAAAGCAGUGCAGCACCUUUUCCCGUGGUGCUGCGCUGAAGACACUUGCGCCACAAGAAAUAGUUGCCUUUCCAUGAAUCGACACUCUUCAACCUGUGUGUUUUUUCUGUUCUGGGCAUCAGACAUUCAUCUCAGCAGUUCCACGCGCUUCUGGAUCCACUCUAAAUGAAAUUCCAUUAUCCCGUCAAAUGUGUUGCUACGCGAUCUCCUAAAGAUCCCGAAAGAUUCGAUCAUGUGGUUCCUCGUGUAAACCGCAGAAUGUGAGCGUCUAAAUUCGUCUGAACGGAGAUCAACCAAAGCGAAGGAUCUGGCUUGAAUGAUAGUCGUGCUUCUCGUUCUGCAAAUCGUCAGCCGAUAGAUUUUGUUGUGCCCGAUCAGAGAGGAUCUCGAUAUGCGUGUAAAAAAGCAGUUGGGCAUCCUCCUUGUGAUGUUUUGCUGAAGACAUACCCGC